AUGGACCAUUUGGUGAUCCAGUAAUGAGCAGCACUGUUAUAUCUCAAGCUUUCUAAGAUCAUGGAACCUGUCAUUCACAGCUUUGCCACUCUACUAAUACAUGUGGAGUUCAUUUUUGGGAAUCUGAGCAAUGGAUUUAUAGUGUUGUCAAACUUCUGGGACUGGGUCGUUAAACGAAAACUUUCCACAAUAGAUAAAAUUCUUCUUACAUUGGCAAUUUCAAGAAUCACUCUCAUCUGGGAAAUAUAUGCUUGGUUUACAAGUGUAUAUGGUCCAUCUUCAUUUGCAAUUGGAAUGAAAUUACAAAUUCUUUAUUUUACCUGGAUCCUUUCUAGUCACUUCAGCCUCUGGUUUGCCACAGCUCUCAGCAUCUUUUAUUUACUCAGAAUAGCUAACUGCUCCUGGAAGAUCUUCCUGUAUUUGAAAUGGAGACUUAAACAAGUGAUUGUGGGGAUGUUGCUGGCAAGCUUGGUGUUCUUGCUUGGAAACCUGAUGCAAAGGACUCUUAAAGAGAGGCCCUAUCAAUAUGGAGGAAACACAAGUGAGAAUUCCAUGGAAACUGACUUUGCAAGGUUUACAGAGCUGAUUCUUUUCAACAUGACUAUAUUCUCUGUGAUACCAUUUUCAUUGGCCUCGAUUUCUUUUCUCCUGCUAAUCUUCUCCUUGUGGAAACAUCUCCGGAAGAUGCAGCUCAGUUCCAGAGGACACGGAGACCCUAGCACCGAGGCCCACACAAAUGCUUUGAGAAUUAUGGUCUCCUUCCUCUUGCUCUAUUCUAUAUAUUUCCUGUCUCUUCUUUUAUCAUGGAUUGCUCAGAAGCAUCACAGUAAACUGGUUGACAUUAUUUGUAUUAUUACUGGACUCAUGUAUCCUUCUGCCCACUCAUUUAUUUUGAUUCUAGGAAAUUCUAAAUUAAAUCAGACUUCUCUUUGGAUACUGAGUCAUUUGAGAUGUAGACUGAAAGGAGAGAAUAUUGUAACUCCAUCUAGCUGUUAUAUAUUCUGUAUUGCAAAUAAAUCUGUGAGUUAG